UGACCUACAGUCUUACAACGUUACACAAGCCUUACUACCCACCAUGGUCAUGGGUGGCAGGCAGCCGUGGUGCGAGCCUGACGCUCACCGCGCUACCAAGAAAUCGACGACCAAGAUGUUAGGUCGCCAGUCUACGUCGGUGUGGUUGAGCGGCUACUGUUUGCUGGUGUUUAGUGUGAUGAUGGUGAACGCUGGUGUUAUUAAGUACCCGCCGCAAAUGGUGAAGCAACCUCCCAGCAACGAGGAACUGCUCUUCCAAGUCGCAUCAAGAGUUGAUGAGAAUGACAAGCCGUUCAUCAUUGAGUGCGAAGCUGAAGGAGAACCCGCCCCAAAGUAUCGAUGGAUCAAGAACGGCAAGGAGUUCGCAUGGCAGACGUACGAUGACCGCAUCUCCCAGCAGCCUGGCAGAGGCACGCUCGUCAUCACUAAGCCUAAGGACGAAGAUAUCGGUCAGUAUCAAUGUUUCGCCACAAACGAGCUGGGCACAGCCACUUCCAACUCAGUGUUCGUACGCAAAAGCGAACUGAACAGCUUCGCCAUGGGAGACCCAGACUCCAAGUCUGUGGCUGAAGGCGAUCCUGUGGGCCUUUACUGCCAGCCUCCUGAUGGCUAUCCUAAGCCUUCAGUCUACUGGAUGCUUCAGGACGAUCGAGGUUCACUGCGCAGCAUCAAUUCAUCGCGCAAGACUGUGGACCCCGAAGGAACUCUCUGGUUCAGCAACGUCACUCGCGAGGACGAAAGCAACGACUUUACUUAUGCCUGCGCCGCCACUUCCACCUUCAGGAACGAGUACAAGCUUGGCAACCGCGUGCUUCUGCGCGUGACGCAGUCUGGGUCCACGGCGGUGCAGACGAAGAAUCCACCCAUCGGGCAGUUCCUCACGAGGAAGAACACGGUCGUGCUGAAGGGCAAGACGCUCAAACUUUGGUGCAUCUACAGCGGCACGCCGCUGCCUGAGAUUAAGUGGGGCAAGAAGGGCGGCAAACUGCCGUUCGACAGAGUCGAGUAUGAGAACUACGGCAAGACGCUCGUGAUCCGCUACGCCGACUUCCAGGACUCGGGACAGUAUGAGUGCGAAGCUACCAACGGUGUGGGCACUGCACAAACAUACAGCAUGGACGUGCAAGUGCAGGCUAUUCCGUACUUCACCGUGGAGCCUGAAAUUCAGAACAAGGCAGAAGGUGAAACCGCCGAGUUCUUCUGUAACGCAACAGGCUACCCGAAACCCGAGAUGAUUUGGAUGUACAACGGCAUGCGACUUGAGUUGGCGCCAUUCAACCCCCGUCGUAUUUCUGACGAUAACAAGAUUACUAUUUACAAUCUGACCAAGGAAGAUACUGGCAACUACGGCUGCAACGCUACCAACGUCCAUGGCUAUACAUACAAAGAUGUAUAUGUGAACGUCUUGGCUCUGCCUCCCGGUCUACGUACGCCCCCUCCCGACUUGCGAGUUGUGGACGGUGCUGAGGUGAACUUGACCUGCCGCAUGUUCGGUGCUCCGAAGCCUCGCAUCACGUGGAGCAGGAAUGGCAUGGAACUCACAGGCGGCAAAUACAAAGUCACUGAGGAGGGCGACAUGUUCAUCAAGGAGGUUGGAUUUGCGGAUGCGGGCAAGUACAAGUGCCUGGCAGAGAACAAGUUUGGCACGGAGGAGGCGGAAGGCUCGCUCGUUGUCAAAGACCGAACAAAAAUCACCGAGAAACCCCAAGACUACGAAGUUAGGGCUGGAGACGCCGCAACAUUCAGAUGCAACGCCGUGUCAGAUCCUGACCUGAACCUGAGCAUUGACUGGCUCACAGACGGCAAGAAAAUAGACUUCGAAACUGAACCUCGUUUCAUCCAGCAGUCCGACUUCUCGCUCAGCAUCAGUAAGACCACUGAACUUGAUUCUGGCUCCUACACUUGCGUCGCUUCUACAGAACUUGACGAGGUUAAGGAGAGCGCAACGCUCAUCGUGCAAGAUGCACCGAACGCACCGAGGCUCGUGGAUGUGACCUGCAACGACAAAGACGCCAGCGUUGAGUGGCAGCCGCAAGGCGAUAACCGCGCCCCAAUUCUGGGCUACAUCAUCCAAUACAACACAUCCUUCACUCCUGAUACCUGGGAAAAUGCCUUCGAUAGCGUGCCUUCAGCGACAACUAAGUUCACGGUGAAUCUUUCCCCGUACGCAAAUUACACGUUCCGAGUGAUCGCUACGAACAAGAUUGGCCCUUCGCUGCCGUCGAAACAUUCUGCCGUGUGCACUACGCCCAUUGCCGUGCCGAAUAAAAACCCUGAGGGAGUGGAAGGGAAAGGAACUCAUAAGAAUAACCUCGUCAUCAAGUGGUCGCCCAUGCCGGAGAUCGAGCACAACGGACCCGGCUUCAGAUAUCGCGUGUACUGGCGACGUCAUGACAAGCCCGGCAGCAGUUGGAAUACCGCAGAUGUAGUUGAAUGGCAACAGGACCACUUCGUCGUUGAAAAUCAACCCACGUUCAAACCGUAUGAAAUCAAAGUCGAGGCCCACAACGAGAAAGGUCAAGCCAAUGUAGCUAUACCUACAACCAUCGGCUGGUCCGGAGAGGAUAGACCGUCUGAAGCGCCCCUCAACUUUAAACUGGAUAACCUCUAUGACGCAACCUCAGCUCGCCUCUCCUGGGAUCCCGUCAGCAAUGCUUCCAUCAAUGGACACUUCAAAGGAUACAAGAUCCAAACUUGGACUGAAGACGAGACGGAAGCGAAGGCUCGUGACGUGAUCAUCGACAACAACGGAGAAUCGAGUGCUCUGGUGGAGAGUUUCGUGCCGUACACGCGCAACUACGCCCGAGUGCUGGUCUUCAACGGCGCCCACGACGGCCCGCCCAGCAACACCAUUGAAUUUGUCACUCCAGAAGGAACCCCAGGUCCCGUGGACUCCUUGGAAGCCAUCCCCAUGGGUUCCUCAGGCUUCUUCCUCAUCUGGAAGAAACCCAAGCGUCCUAACGGCGUGCUCACAGGCUACCACAUCUUCUACCGCACGGUUCAGGGCACCGAGCUUGGCCCGCAGUCUGAACGCGAUCCUCCGAUCCGAGACCCUCUUGUGACCAGGGCCAAGCUGGCCCGUCUUGAUCCCAACACCAAAUACCGCAUCAGCAUUCGAGCGCGCACCAAGGUUGGGCAAGGCAGUGAAUACUACAUCGAGCGCGAGACUCGUGCUGCGGGCUCAGCGGUGCCCGGCCGUCCGUCCAUGUUGUGGGAGCAUGUGAGCUCUCAGAGCGGCGCUCCUGCCAUCAAACUAACGUGGAUACCAAACACCGACACCAACCCUGGCAGUCACUUCUAUGCUCAGUACAGGCUUAUCGGCGAGAGUCUAUUUGAGAAAACCAACCCGGAAGAAUACCACGACUUCAUCAUCUUGGAAGGCCUGCAGGCUAACCGCAUCUACGAAGUGAGACUCGUGGCCGUUGACGGCACUUACGAGACCCCCUCUCAGGUGGAGGAGAUCGAGACCUACACCAGAGGCGCCUCACCUAAUGUCACUCGGCGCCCCACCGAUAACAUCGCCACCCGCGGUUGGUUCAUCGGCAUGAUGCUGGCUAUAGCGCUGCUGCUGCUCAUCCUCAUCAUCGUGUGCAUCAUUAAGAGGAACCGUGGCGGCAAGUACGCUGUUCACGAGCGGGAAGCUGCCCAUGGCAGGUCCGACUUCCCUGAAGAAACUGGAUUCCCUGAGUAUUCUCAACCGCUCGAUGGUGGCAAAAGGGACAGUCUGGGCAGCGAUGUUAAACCUCCUGUUGAGUCUGACACCGACAGCAUGGCUGAGUAUGGCGAUGGUGAUGCAGGGCGGUUCACGGAGGACGGCUCGUUCAUCGGCCAGUACGGUACGGGGCAGCGCGGUAAGAAGAAGCGAUCCAGCCAGGAAGCCACUACGCCAUCCAAUGUCGCCACCUUCGUCUAGAUUCUUUCUCUCAACGCAACACUAAUAUUGUGGAUUUUUCUCAUCAGGUGCUUAUUUUAUUUUCAAAAUUCGAAGAGGAUUUUUUUUCUGCUGAGAAAUUUGGACGUGCGAGUCUUUGACUGCAAAGACUCGACGUGCAAACUUUUUUAUUUCUUUUGAAAGACUAGGUUUAAGAGUAUUUACAUUCCGUGAAAAUAUCAUUUUAUGGAGUAUCUUGUGCGACUGUGUGCAAAGCCCAGGAUGAACAAUUUCGCUUUUUGAACAAACAUAUUCGCCCUGGUCACUGCCGACGACUUAUUUUACGUUCUUGCUAUUUUGGAAUCUGCCUGGAAUCAUGCGUGAAUCUGCCUAUGAGCACGCAUGGUUUCCAUUAUAGUAAGUUUUCAGAUACUACAAAACUUUGAAAGUCCUGUACAUUUAUGAACUAUUAACUGAUUUGAAAACAAUCAUUUGUCGAGUGCAGCCCUGUGAUCGUUGUGAGUGAAUAAUAAUCUUACUCUUAAUAUUGUGUGUAACUCCGUGCAGCUCAUUCAUUAUAUUAUACCACAUCAGGAGCCUUUUUCUU